CGUUGUAGUCGCGUUUUAGAUGGUACAGUGUUUUUACUCCCUUCCAAACAGUAAAGUUCCUCUUUGUCUCUCAGUAGGAAAUUUAAACCAGACAGUACAAGGCUACAUUUCAGUGUUACAAGCCAAUCAGUUUGCUAAUUGUUCUAUGAGAUUUGUUUGCAAAGUUUAAGGUGUUAAGUAGGACUGUGAACAUCUGGGUCUGCUUGCUGCUGGCAUUCUGCCAGAGCCCCAGCAACAAGACCGCCUCCCAGCAACGAGACUGCCUGUCAGCCUUGCAAGAUUUGUUUGAAAAGUUUGAGGUGGUAACUGUGAGCUGUGAACAUCUGGGUUUGCUUGCUGCUGGCAUUUGACCAGCGUCUCAGCAACAACACUGCCUCCCAGCUUUGCAAGGUAAUUACUUUCCCAAUUACUGUACACCAAAACGAAGUAACUGUCGUGGUCAACAAAUCUGCCUCCCAACUUUCAAGAUGCCGAGAAAAAAUAAAAGAUCCCAGGCACAAAGGAAGCGCUGGAAACCACUUGACCUGGUCGAUCCUGCUGUCCCGAUGCUCACUGGCCACAACCAAGAUGAGGCAGUCAGUAGUUUCCCAUCUGACCAGCAAACGGCACCAGCCGGGUUAUCUUUGGAAACACAGGAUAGACCCACCUCCUUAUGUUCCCCAGGUACCAAGCCUUUCCACAACAUAAAUGAACAACUACUGACAGAGGAGCUACAGAGCAACGCAGUUCAGCACUUCUGGUGUGUCAGUGCAACUCAUUGUCAAAGUGAUGAAAGGUACACAGAAUUCUCUCGAAAUCAUCAGUGCACAUGUAAUGCCCUCACAUUCCUGGCCUACCUUAAUGAGGAACACCAGUUCAACACAGCCCGACUUGAUAAGGUGCUUGAACAGGGAGAUGCACUAUACUGUUGGAUUAAAACAAAUCUUCAGCAGGAGAGGCGUUAUACACAAGAUCAUCUGACCAUGGAGGACCUGCCCAAAGAAGUUCAUGCUGACAUAAAUGUCUACAGUGUGAAAAUGGACAACAUAAGUUUUCCGUGACAAAUCUGGGAGGUAUGGAUUAUUUGAUUCACAUUCAAGAAGUGCAGCAGGUUUACCCCAGC